CAACGUGGCAUUCGACUUCCUCCUUUCGGAGACAUCCGUUAAAUUGGAAUGAUACAGAAAGUUGAUGCGAGAAGAAGUCCAGAUCUUUUUGCCCUGCCUCAGAAUUCAAUCAAUUGCGUGGACUGGCGGAUUGAAUUCGGUUGUUUCUCGAAUUUCCCGCUUCACCAGCUUAGGAAAGGCAGGCAGGCAGGCACUCAUCUCUUUUGCUUUUUGGUAUCGCUCCUCCAUGGAGUUCUGUUGUGCAGUACCUCUACUUGGACGUCUCCUCAAAAGAUGGCCCUUUAGAUUGAUCUCUCUCAUACGGUCUACUUUCUGCAGGAUUUGUAUAAUUGUACCCUCAGUCUUCUCUUCUCUGCUUUGCAGUUUGUCGCGAGGUAACAACUUCUUGAUUACGUGAUCUCUACGAUUUCUCAUCGGUUUUUGUUCGAUCGUGUUUCAUUGCAGUAAAAUUAAGCACAUAUAUCUCCUGAUUCCAAUGACCCUUUGGUUCUAAAAGACAAUCUUGGAAGAUGAAAUUAAGAAUGUGGAGAUUGUUUUUGUGAGGUAGAAGAAACAUAAAAAGGUACGACAUAUGUAAUCUUCUUUUCUUUCCUUUUACAACACAUUGUGACCCUAAACCUAAAGCUGUGUAUUACUAAUUAAUUAUUAAUACAACUGAUGAAAGACCCUUCCUCU